AUUUAUAUAAAAAUCAUAUUAAUAAACCUAAAAAUAAUCAUAUAAAUAUAGUCUUAAGAUUUUUGUGCGAAAAAAAAUCAAUAACUCCUACAACACCACCAAUAGCUUCAAAACCAGUAGAGACCAUUGUUAAAGUUUUACCUAAAAGUAAGAAAAAGCCUUCUAUUGAUUAUAAUCAGACAUACACUGAUAGGAAUUUCCUUACAGCACUAAGGGCAAUGAGUGAAUAUCUUUUAAAACCUAAGGAUUUAGAAAAUUUGCCUGUUUUUCAAAGAAGAAGCCCAUAUGAAUACCGUAAGAUCAAUGUUUAUCUUAGGGCAGACAUUGAGAGAAGAGCAAUGCAAGUAUGGGGUAAUCAUGAGAAUUUAACAAAAGAAAUACUCAAACGCCGGGAAGAAAAUUAUAAAAAAUUUGAUUUUCACAAAUACACAUCUAUCUCACGGGCCAUGAAAAAAUACCUUGGCAUGAUUGGUAUCAAAAACGCAACUGAUAUGACACCUGAUUAUAACUCUCAAAAUGAUAUUAAUGCAUCAAUAAAAAAACCCGUUACGUCUUCCUUCUUAUCUCUGAAUACAACGUCACACGAACCGAUUCACUCCCUUUUCAGGGAUACGUCAUUCAUCAUAUGGACAGCGGUUACUAUAAAUUUUUUUAACUUUGUCGGCAAAACCGUGGCUUGCAUUCAUACGGGCUCACAUAGUUUAUUCGCGGAAGCUAUCCAUUCUUUAGCCGAUACCCUAAAUCAACUGAUUCUGGCCUUUGGAAUAAAAGCGUCCCACAAGAAAGCUGAUAUAUUACACCCUUACGGUUAUUUGAACAUGAAGUACGUUUCUUGCCUGAUCAGUGGAGUCGGAAUAUUUUGUUUCGGGUGCGGUUUAUCAAUUUAUCACGGGAUAUCCGCUAUUUUGGACCCGCACACUGUAGAGUCCUUAAAUUGGGUGUUUAUGAUUUUAGCAUGUUCAUUUAUAUCUGAAGGGGCUACUUUGAUCUUAUCCAUAAAUUCUGUCCGUAGAAACGCAAACAAAAGAGGAUUAUCAGUUUUAGAUUAUGUAUUAUCCGGACAAGACCCGAGUGUUAAUGUGUUACUCUUGGAAGAUUUGGCUUCCGUCAUAGGUGUAAGUAUCGCCUCUUUAUGCUUAAGUCUCAAUUACUACCAUUCGCAUCAUUAUAAAGCUGGAUUAAGUUCCGAAACCCUCAUUGCAACAGAAAACAGUUUAUCCACCCUUCCAGAAAAUGUUGUAGUACCCAUAUACGAUGCAAUUGGGUCUUUAUCGAUAGGGAUUCUUUUGGGAGUGGUGGCCAGCUUUAUUAUUUAUACGAAUAGUGCUGCUCUAGUCGGGAAAUCGAUCCCUUUAAAAGCUCAACAACAAAUUUGUAGAGAACUGGAAAACGACGUGAUGGUUAGAGCCGUUCAUGAUGUUAAAGCUACCACUAUGGGCGGUAAUUUGGUAAAAUUUAAAGCUGAAGUUGAUAUAGAUGGUAGGGAAAUUACUUUAGCCUAUUUAGAUACUCAAGAUCUAUUUACCAUUUUAAAAGAAAUGCAAAAUAUGCAAGGCACCAACGAGGUGGAAAAUUUCUUACUUAAACACGGGGAAAAUAUAGUAGAUUUAUUGGGCGCCGAAAUUGACAGAAUAGAACAAACAUUGAAGAAAAAGCACCCCGAAAUGAGGCAUGUUGAUUUGGAAGUCCUCUAAUUGGAUACUAUAUUAUUCGCCGAAAUUUUGUCAAAAAUAUAUUAUAUAAAUUAGUUAAUGAAAUUGUUCGAUAAAUUAUUGUUUACAUCAACAUCACAACAUUGUAAAAUACA